AUGGCGGCUCUCCCAUGGAACAUUCCUGGGUCAGCGUCUCAACUUUUCUUUCAAGAUAAACAAUCAGCUCAAUACAAAGCCUUGCUUGCAAUCACGGAUGUGCCGCAUCCAGAUCGUUCUAUCCUUGGGGCAUUCAUCAACGACGCUUUUGACCCCCAAGAAGCAGCUCGGUAUUUUCUUCGUAUGACAUGCGCUGGAGAACGCUCUCAGCCAAAGAAAAAUGUGUCACAGUUUUUAUCAGACUGGAAAAUCAUCAUUGAUAAGUUUCGGCCGACACGAGCAACGUCACUAUCCAGCGAGAUACGGAUGCUCAUCUACGAUAGAGAUGGAGGAUGCUGUUGUCUUUCGCGUACGCCCUUCAAAUCAUACUCAGAUCCCGAUGAAGAAUUCGUUCACAUGGUUUCGCCGCUUGCAUUUUCAGACCAGGAUUUGUCCGAAGGGUAUUUUGUGGGUAGCAACACGUUCACACGCGGACCUAACGUUCUCCGUUCUUUGUCGACAGAUACAAUGGUCCUUGAGAAUCGGACCCCUCAACUAACUCCUAUCCUUGACGAAGAGCUUUUUGGCUUUCAUGCACGUUUCUCAAAAGUGUUGGCUUGGAUGGACGCCAAAGAGCAUAUGAACACGUCUCCCGGUGCUAUUGGAGCAAAGAAAUCAUGUACCUCUGUGUUAGUGACGCCAUUUCUCCGAAUUUUCAGGCCGAUGUGGAUAAUGUUACCAUCUUUCAUUCGAGCAUUCGUUUACGACAAAUUACACUGGGUGGGAUUUCGCAUGUACGGUCGGUCUCUUUCGAUGACAGUCCAAAAGCUACCUUUUGGCUUGUACUUGCGAAGAGGAUCUCCAGUUUUGACUCCGAAAUACCAUGUCGAAGCUCAUACUUUGCGCCUGGUAGAGCAGUUUACCCGUAUUCCUGCACCACGACCUGUCGAUGUCUUAGGGACACCUCGUUUUUCGUACUUGCUCAUGACUUGUGUUCCUGGACGCCCGAUUGGUCCAAUGAUAGACACAAUGACUGAUGAAGAGUUGAAGCAGGUUGUACUGGACCUGAAAGAAUACGUUUCACAGCUUCGAAAUAUACCAAGACCAACAACAGACUUUCAAAUUUGUAAUUCCGAGGGAGGCGGUCUCUUAGAUUGGCGGAUCCCUGACAGCCAGCGUGAAGAAUUGCGGUUCAAGACUGAAGCCGACUUCAACAAUUAUUUAACAGACCCUUUUUGUGAAGAAAUUCGACAACGUGCUGCCCGAUCUCAUGAUAUCUGCCACGAAAUCGUUUUUACUCACGGUGACUUGAACCCGAGGAAUAUCCUCGCAGAAAAUGGAAAAAUAACCGGUAUCGUUGAUUGGGAAAAUGCAGGCUGGUUUCCGGAAUACUGGGAGUUUACCAAGGCUCAUUACACUGUCCGAAGCUUGAUACGCUGGCUUGCUGAUGUCAUCGACCGGGUGUUUGAGCGUUACCGAGACGAAUUGCUGGUGGAAAAUAUGCUUUCUGACCUUUUAGGUCCUUUCUAG